AUGACGUCAUAGAUGUUCUCGCACAAUUAGGAUGAGAUGUUUACCUAAUGUAGCUGUUUUUGUGUUGUAUUGUGUUUCAAUAAUUGAAUCAAUUUCAGAUGAUAUUUUCUUUAUUUAAAAGAUUAAAGACAAACGUGUAUGCAUUUCAAUACAAUCAAGAACAUCUAAGAAUCAAUCACGUGACCAGUGUCAAAUCUGUUUGGAAAUUAGUUGUCUUGGCGGGAAGUGUUUGAACGAAGCGUUCGCAAGCGGAAAGUGUUUCAAACUAGUUGUUCGCAUUAAAUUCUGGUAUUGCAAUAAGAUAUGUUUUACAGUCAAGAUAUUUUGCAGAAGAGAGGAGGAAAGUUUGGAAAAAUAUGGCUGGCAGCCACUAUGUUUUCAAAACUGACUAGACGGGAUAUUGCCAGUGUGAAUGUCGACCAGAGCUGUGAUGACAUACUUCAGUACAUAGAGGUCCGACUGGAUCCCCAACUGCCCCGCAAGCAUCGUCCCCGCCUGUCGCUGUAUCUCUCAUCACUGCUCAUGUAUGGAAUCGUCCGCAUACACAACAAGCACAGCCAGUAUUUACUGGACGAUGUGGUAUUGGCACUCACAAAGUUUGGCCAUAUUAUCAACAAGCUGACCGAGAUUGAGCUUCGAGAGCUGCCGAGGGCUGACUUGGUGACACUGCCUGACAUGGCGAUGGACUUCGAGAACAUGUCCAGUCAGGAGCUUGACAACUUUCUCAUAGUACCUGAACAUCAUGAAGAUGUAUGGUGGCUUGAGGCGUCUCUGCUCAGUCCCAAGUCUGAAGUCAUGUUGUCCCCUGAACCUGCUAGGAAGAGGAAAACAAGAAAAGGGAAGACAGGUGAGGAGGAGGGCGAGAGGACGGGUCCCCAGGUAGCCAAUGUGGAGGACAUCACCCUGAGAGAGGCUCCCACCCUGCCCUGCAUGGACAUGGACAACAUCAUGUCACCUCAUAGACAGAUUCCCCCUGAUCAGGACCUGCCACCGAUGACCCAGGCCGAGCUGGAGGACUUGCUGCUGCAGGGGGAGGAGCCCAUACCACCCAGGGAAGAGCAAAUGGGCCCACUGCCUGACCUCCCGACCUCCACCCCAGCACAUCCAGGCAUGCAGCCUCCAACCCAGCAACACGGACAAAGCAUUCUCAGCCCAAUCGUACCACUAAGGGAAGAACUUGAGGUCACCUUGCCAGUUCAGCCGGAGGUACGACCCAGGCCCAGCAGAAAACCCUCCCAGCCCCCUGCCCCAGAGGUGACCAUGACAACCAGUCCACAGCAGGGUCCACGCGUGCCGCGCCACUCUCUGGAGAUGGACCUCUCAGAAAUAAGACCUGGGGUCAGCCCCAGCCCUAGGAGACGCAGGAGACAGCUUGUGUUUGCUGACAAGGAAACCCAGAUCUCUAAGGAAAAAAUGAAGGAAUUCCUCAACACCGGAGCAACGACGUGUGAACCUUUUACCGUGAAGGACACCACAGGGAUGGAGGCUCAUGACCUGCUGAUGAUGCCUGGAGACAGAGCACUUCAUCGGCCCCCAUGGCUGAGCCUCUGGCAGCGCCGCGCUAGGUUCCGCAGGGGCCUCCCAGAGAGUGAGCUGGCUGGGGCUGUGACCCCACCCCGGGAUCUUUACCUUAUCCAAGAGGAGCCCAUGUUUGUGGCCUUUCCUAUACCUGGUAUGACUCCACCCAGGGAUGUAGACCUCUUCCAAGAGGAACCCAUGUUUGUGGCAUAUCCUUUACCUCAGGAGAUGUCCCUUGAGAUGCCCCGUACCAUGGUGGAGACCCCCUCACUGGGACAGGAGACCUCUGUACGGCAGGUCUCGUUUGCAGACCAACACACACCAGCCAUCAAGGGGAAAAGGAAAGGCAGAAAGCGACCGUCUUCCGCUCUUGAACAGUCUAUUGAAGAUCUGAGACAAACUGCAGCACAGUCAGAGUCAGGAGUGCGGAUAGCUGACAUAUCAAUGGGGGAAGAGGCAGCCAAGGAAAAGUCUCGUGGGGAUGACUCUAUCAAUGACAGCACAGGAACCAGGUCUUCUAAGAAACACAAGACUCGGUCUUCCUCCACCAAUGCCAGUAUGGAAGUGCUUCAGGAUUCCUCCACCACCACAGCACCCACCGCGUCCUUUCACACAUCAGGGAGUAGCCGCGCCUUGUUUGACAUAGUCGAGGAGACCAGGUUUCCUGACUUUUUCGCUGUGCCGAUCAGAGAAGACUUGGAGGAACAAAUGAACGAUCAGAGCCUUUUAGACACAAUCAGUGAAUGCAUCACUGCUGGGGAGGAAGACUUCACGCUGUUCUCCACCGUGUGUCCCCCAGAAACCUCAGACAGGAAAUCUGCAGCUAGAAUCUUCAUGGUCUUGCUUGGGUUGUGUACGCAAAGACUGGUGACGGUCAGACAAGAAAAGGACGUCGACUUUGGGGAAAUGAUUAUUAGAACAGUAGACUGAAUGACAGCAGUUUUACCUACUCACAGCUUGGUUGCUUAAAACUUAUGACAGCUCAUAUCACUGUACAUUUGAGUAAAUAUAAUUCAAUAUACAAUCAAUAUGAUUAACAAAUAUGUAUAUGAAUUUAUUUUAAUACAAUAAAGACAUUUAAGGUUUAAUAUGAUUUACAUGUAAUGUACAUAAAGUCCUUGAUCCAAAAUUAAAUGUUGGUUAGCUUUUUGAGCCUUUAAAGUUGUGAGCAAUUUUGAUCAGAUUAUUUAUUGAGGCUAAACUUGUCGCUGCUAUAAUAGGUGACAUUUGACAUUGCUGUAUCACUAGAUAACUCAACCUUGAAUGAUCAUAUUAAAUUAUUUCAAGCUCAAACUCAUGACAUUUUUUUUAAUACAUUUUUCUUGAAGAAACUAGAGAAGCAUACAUAGACAGAGCUAUUAUAAAUUAGUGAAAUAUUACCAUUGACAUGCCUUAUAUUUGAUAAUAUUGUUAAAUUUUGUCAUUUAUAAAUUUUUAUCUGUUUAAUGUUAUAUUGAUGUGUUUUCAAUCGUGUUAAAAUGAGUAUUUUUUAAACAAAAUGAUCAUUUUAAAUGAUCUUUACUUAAAUAAAUGGGUUAUAUUAAUUGUUAUGUUUUAUUCCAAAUUUUAAUAAAUUAAGAUGCAAUGAAUCAACAUUAACAUUUUUACAUAUUUUUUAAAUGUUUUGUUAUGCCCCCCUUCAAAGAAGAUUGGGUAUAUUGUUUUUCAGGGAUGUCAGUCACUAGACCAGGUCAUUUCCAAUCAAUAACCCUUCAACAAAUUGACGGAUUGGCUUGAUACUUCGCAUGUUUAUUGGCCUUGGACAGUAAAUGACCCCUAUUGAAAUCGGGGUCAGUAGUUCAAAGUCAUGUUGUUUGGUUUUGUUAUUUUUAUGUCCCCCACCACUAUAGUGUGGGACAUAUUGUUUUUUCCCUGCCUGUUGGUUUGUGUAUUUGUUUGUUUGCGUCAAACUUUAACAUUUGCCAUAACUUUUGCAAUAUUGAAGAUAGCAAUUUGAUAUUUGUCAUGCAUGUGUAUCUCAUGGAGCUGCACAUUUUUGAGUGGUAAAAGGUCAAUGUCAUCCUUCAAGGUCAAAGGUCAAAUAUAUGGCUUUAGCGACGUAGUAGGGGACAUUGUGUUUCUGACAAACACAUCUCUUGUUUUAUUUUUUAAAAAUGGGGGGGGGGCAUAUGUCUCCAGACACAGAACUCUUGUUCAUGUUUUCUUUGUUAGUUAUACAAUUGUUGAAUCAUGUUGUUUUGUGUUUUUGUAAGCCAGAAUGACAUAUGUGCAUAAAUCGGCACCUAACCUUUUUUAGCUCUCUAUUGAAACAUCUGGCUAUGAGUAUAAAAUUAUAUUUAUUGUUAAAUCAUAAAAAAUACAAAAUACUUGUAUAGUUCACAAUAAAUUAUUUGUGUGAGGAUAGUUUAUGUGUUUUCACAUGAUCUUGUGCUGUUUUGACAUCGAAUGCAAAUCAGAUUUAAAUUGCAAAAUAAAUAAUUCAGUUUUUGAACUUUUGUUAAGUUUAAUCAUGUUUACAUUCCUGUUAAUUGUUAAUCAUGUUGAUAAAUGACCUUUCUUCAUUAAAAAUACAUGUGUAUUAAACUGUUGAUGAUUCUGUGUACAUCGAAGUGUGUGUUUUACAUGAUUUGCUGUUUUUAAAUUAAAUAUCUAGUUUUCAUUAUAAAAAAAUCUAGAUUUUGUUUUAAUUUGUUUUAAAUUGAUUGUUUCUUACACUAUUGUUCAUUGUUAUUUUAUUAAUAAAGUGCACCUCUUAA